CGUGCAAGAUACAGCAGCUGAUAUACCUGCCAGAGACACCCGUCCACUUGGUCACACGGCCGCCACCUGCCGGAGGAGCCAGGCAUUACCCUCCCGACGCUGUCAUGGCCGCCUCCACCUCCCUCAGGGUCCUCACACUGCCCGUGGUCCUGGUUCUCUGCCUGAUUCAUUGGGAGUGCAUGUACGGUGUUGCAGGCAUUGACUGUGGCAAGCCAGACUGCAGGAGCACCCUUGAUGGUGGUAAGGUGGCUGAUCCCACCAACUGUCGCCAGUUUUACUUCUGUGUGUCGGGGGAGCCCACCGAAGAACCUUUCGUGUGUGAAGAAGGCAUGAUCUUUAACAGCACCGUUGAGGACUGUGUACCAGGCGACACGUGUGUCACCCAGUGCUCUCCUUGUUCUUACGAGUGUCCUGAUGUUCCCGAACCACCUACUUACAUUGCCGAUCGCUAUAACUGUUCAAUUUACCAUGAAUGUGUAUCAGAAGCUACACACUUUUGUGAAGCUAACAAACCAUACUUCGACGGAUCGUCGUGUCAGGCAAAUAAGGCGAAUUGCUGCAGCUGUAAGCCGUACUGCUCUGAUUCUGAUCUGUUUUCUUAUGUGAUAGACCCCACAGAUUGUAAGCGAUACUACUUUUGUGAUACAAUAGGUGUACCACAGUAUUCACUUGAGUGUCAGUUUGGGAAUUUUGAUAUCACUACCAACAAAUGUUCCGAUUCGGCGCCAUGCAUUUUGUUUUGCCCCAAUAUGUAGCCAAGAAGAUAUGUAUGCACAUAAAUACCUACCUAGACAUAAGCGUACAACCCCUGCACCUCUCCUUCAGAACGCUGGUGUUCACAGCGUGCAGAUUAAAGUUCAUUACGUGUGAUGAAGGACUGACAUUAGAGCCAACUGUUGUCUUGAUGAACUUUAUUGACAUUUAAACAAAGGUUUGUGUGUUGUUCUCGGCGACUCUUAUUACCCUCUGAAAUUACAUAUUAUUUUCCGUAUUAUAAUAAGAAAGCUUAAUAAAGAAUUAACUGUA